GCAGUUUUUCCAAAGAACAAUCCUUUCCUUGGUAUCAUUUUUAAGUAUCAUAUAAUUCGAUUUGCAGCCUUUAAAUAUUCUUCAGUUGGGUUAUUCAUGAAUUAACUUACAACCUUAUUGUAAAUCCGAUAUCCAACCUAGUGUAUGAGAGAUAUAUCAGUUUUUCAACUAAUAUCUGAUAUUGUCCCUUGUUUACUGGAGGAUUUUCUCCUUGUUCUUUGAACCCAAUAUUUGGUUCUAUUGGAGUGUCUAUUGGUUUACACCUACUCAUUUAUGUUUCCUUCAACAAGUCAAUGACAUACUUAAUUUGUGAUGUAGUGGUUUUUUUUCCUAGAUCGUGCUACUUCCAUCCCAAGAAAGUACUUCAAAUUCCUGAGGACUUAGGUUUCAAAUUCUGAGGCAAACAUUCUCUGGAGUUUUAAAUUUCAGUCUUCGUUUUUCAAGUUAACACUAUGUCAUCCACAUUGACAAUAAUAAAAAAAAUUUCCCUAUUUGGGAGUACUUCACAAACAACAUGCGAUCUAUUUGAUAAUGUGCAUACCCAUACGAUUUCACUGCUCCAUUGAAUCAGUCAAACCACACUUUAGGAGAUUGGUCCAAUCCAUAAAGGGCCUUGCUUCAACUUAGAGACUAUAUUCAUAUUAUCCUAGGUCUCAAAACUAGGAGGGAUAUCCAUUUAGACUUCCUCUAUAAGUUCCCUAUUUAAGAAAGCAUUUUUUACAUCAAGUUGGUAAAGUGGUCAAUCAAGAUUUGCUGUCAAUGAUAAUAAUACCUGAAUUGUACUCAACUUCGCAACAUGGGAAAAUGAAUUUUUAGCAGUCAAUACCAUUUUAUUGCAUGAACCCUUUAACAACUAGCCGAGCUUUUAACCUGUCAACUCCCGCAUCGGUUUUAUACUUCACAGUGAAGACCCUUGCUAUAGUGCCAUAACAUGAUUACAUUAUCAUUAUAAGAAGUAAAACAGGAAAGAUCAGAGGAUAGAUACUCUCGAAUGUGGUUACUGAAGAGGAUACAGAGUCCUGAGUGUACUUAAGCAUUGUCAGUCGUUAGAAAUUUAAUCUCAUUUGAAUAAGAUUUAGCAAUAAUUCUUAGUUCUUAUGUCAGUUUACUAACUGACAAUAAAUUGCAACUUAAUUCAGGAGCAUAGAGCACAUCAUUAAACCUAUCCAACCAUCUUUGAUAGAGACCCAUCUGCAAUUCUGAUAUAGAUUUGUUUAUGGCAUGUGUUAUAUGUUUUGAACAAUUUCACAUUACCAGUCAUGUAAUCUGAAGCUCCAGAGUCAAUAAUCCAUGCACUGAUUGAAUUUUGGAGAUUAGAUAGAGUAUUAGUAAAUUUACUUGAGUGGGUAACAGAUCCGUUGCCUAUUACUGGAUGAUUACUUAAUAAAUUUCUCAAGUACUUCAGCUGCUCUUUAUUGAAAACCAAGUUCUUUUUCUGUUGCUUACCUGAUACUUCAGCUUCCACAGUUAGGUUUCCUCUCAACUUUGUCUCCAGAUUUUCUUUUGUUUCUCUUCCUCAUUGAGUUCAAUUUUGUUUCCAAUCUGAUGGCUUUCCAUGAAGCUUUUAGCAAAUCUCCUUUUAUUGGCCGGGCAUUCUAUAGUGAUUGCACCACAACUUUCCCUUUUUCUGUUUCAUCUCUUGUUGAAGUGGCUAGGUAUUUUGAGUAAAAAGUCUUGAACUUUCACUGAGCGUGAUUUUCUUUUGGCUCUCUUCCUCAUGCACUUCUACAAACACUUCACAGAAGGGCUUGGUUUUGCUCCCAGGAUUCUUCCUUGGAUGUUAUCCAGUUCCUUGUUAGAACCGAGAAGAAAUUUGUACAACUUCUUGGUCUCGAUGAUUCUUUGAUACUAAAGACGGUCUUCUUGGCAGUGCUAUUAUUGCUCUUCAUGCACAUCAAGUUGUUGUCAGUUCCUUGUCAAGGUGUUGAAGUACUAAGUCAUCAUCAAGUCACUCUAACGCAAGUUGUUAAGUAUACUUUCUAUGAAGAGUUCUAGGGAAUUAUAUGUUUUGGAAUAUGUUUAGCGAGCUGCGUCCUAGAUUUCCUUAGCUGUCUUGAGUAGGAGGAAAUUCUUUCUUAUUUCGUUUGUCAUUAAAUUACAACCCAAGAUAUUAUCAUAUAGUCUUCGGCUCUCUAAGUUUGGUACUUUUGUGUUGUUUAUGGUUAGCGGAUUAGUGGCUCCUGUAAGAUGGUCAUCUUUCCCUUUCCCGUACACGAAAAUCAUGGCAGAUUGUUACCGAGGUAGGUAGUUUUGGCCAUUUAGCUUGUAUGAGGUUAUGGAUAUAAUUGGAUUAUCCAUCCUCUCAUUCCCCAUGGGAAUGGUUUCUGUUGAAUGCACAACUUCUGGCUUUGAGGUUUGAAGAUGGUAAGCCAUGUCUUACUUUGGCAUUCUGGGUAUUCUAGAUUCAAUGGAACAGGGAACCAUGAUCUGAUACCAUGAAGAAAGCUGUAAGUUUUAUUCCAAGGUUUUCUUUUAUACCAUUACAUUAUUUAUAGGUUUCAAUACCAAAUCAGUAUCCCCAGAAACACAACAUAGAGUAUACUUCUAAAAAGUUUAGGAAACUUCCCUCUAUUUAGGAUUCUAGUAUCAAACCUAGAUCCUAUUUUUUCUCUUAGAUUUUCUCCUAAUAUUUCUGCAUAUUUCUUCUCCUAGAUUUUCUCAUAAUAUUUCUGCAAUUCUUUUGGUUCAACUUUUUCGUGAUUUUUUUUCUUUGCUAAAGUUGAGUUCUGAACCAUUAAGAAGUUUGGAACUCUAUGUACAAUCACUUCUUUUCAAAAUCCAGGACAUGGUGGCCUUCUCAUGUUGUCAAUAUGAUGGGGGAGAAGCAGAGAAACAGGAAAUGGACUUGGUUCGAGAGAAAGGGUGGAAAGGAAAGUUCAAACAGAAAGACCGUAUCAUUAAUCCUGGAUUGAAUCGAAUCAAUGGAAAAUGUCCUCUAACCCCAUUGGAGGUUGGAAUGAUGCUGCGUGGUAUGGGAUUUGGUAACGAAACUGCAAUUUAUUUAGCCUCGGGAAAAAUUUACCAGGCCAAAAGGCACUUGGCUCCGUUAUUGGAGAUGUUUCCCCUUCUUUAUACCAAAGAAUCUCUUGCAACACAAAAUGAGCUUGCCCCAUUUGUGGUGUAUUCUUCAAGACUAGCAGCUUUGGAUUAUACAGUAAGUUUGUUUAGUGAGGUUUUCGUGACAACUCAAGGUGGAAACUUCCCUCAUUUUCUGAUGGGUCAUCGGCGGUUCCUUUUUGGUGGGCAUGCAAAGACAAUUAUUCCUGAUAAAACCAAGCUCGUUCUUCUUCUGCUGGACAUGGACAUGAGUUGGAAAGCUUUCAAGGAUCAGAUGGAAGCAAUGCUCACUGAAAGUGAUCGCAAGGGGAUGAUGGUACCCAGGGUGAGAAAAAUAAACAGGAAAACUUCAAUAUACACGUAUCCAUUGCCAGAAUGCGAAUGUCUCCAGAAUUCACUCAACUCAACAGUAGAACUUCUCCAGGCUGUAAAUGUUUUUGGUUUGAGGCUCAAUUCCACAAGAUAACCCUUUCUUUGUUACAGGAGCUUCACAUAGCUCUCAUUGAUCAUAUGCUCAUAGCAUAAUCUUUCAGCUCUGGCCAUAUUCUUCGUAACAUCCACCACGUUGCUAAUGCUAAACUACCUGCAGAUGGCCAUUGCAGUUCCUUCAGCAAGAUGGAGGUGUCCUAAUUUUGCUUGUGCUAGGACUAUCUCUUCCCACAUUAUUGCUUGGGAUAUCUGCAUGAAAGGUUUCGGGCUGAUCUUUACCUCGGUUGAAGUUUGUGAUUAUCCAGAAUUGAAGGAAGGAUAAGCUGUGUCAAGUGCAAAAGAACUGUUUUGCAUUUGGUGGGUAAGUGAAUAUACAGAAAA